AUGUUUGAUAAUUUGAAGGUCAAGUCCAAAGGAUCCAAAAUUGAACCAGCUGAUCCUCCGGUCAGCCCAGGUGCAAAACCAACUAAGAAACAGAUUUACCAAGCCCGUCAAAACUACGGAGUUAAUUUAGGUGCUUGCUUUGUAUUGGAGAAGUGGAUUUAUCACGGGUUAUUCAUUGACGAUACAGCUGUCGAAUUGGAAGCUACUAAGAAGUCUGUGAAGAAGUUAGGUAAAGAUGAUACCAGAAAGAAGUUUGAAGACCAUUGGAACAGCUUUAUGAGUGAUUCUGACUGGGAUUGGUUGGAAUCCCACCAAGUGACAUCUGUCAGAAUUCCUUUGGGAUACUGGGAAGUUGAUGGUGGAAAGUAUACCAAAAAUACAAAGUUUGAAAAGUAUGCCAAAGACGUCUAUAAAAAUGCCUGGUCAAUAUUCAAGGAAAAGUUCAUCGAAAAGGCGGGCACCAAAGGAAUUGCUGUUCUUGUUGAUAUUCACGGACUACCAGGAGGUGCUAACGGAGAUUCUCACAGUGGAGAAAAGGAAGGAGGUGAUGCUGAAUUUUGGAGUUCACAGGGUUUGCAACUUCAAGUCUGUGAUAUGCUCAAAUUUAUUGCUUCUGAUUUGAAAAAGUACGACAAUAUCGCCGGAAUCCAAGUAGUUAAUGAAUCUGUGUUCAGCAAUGAUACAAAGAGACAACGUUACUACUACGGAGCUGCGAUUAAUCUGAUCAGAGAAGCAGACAAGGCAAUCCCCGUAGUCAUUUCUGAUGGAUGGUGGCCAGAUCAAUGGGUGAAAUGGGUGCAAGAAAAGCAGCUGUCAGGAAAUAUCGGUGUUGUGCUUGACCAUCACUGCUAUCGGUGCGCUUCUGACGACGACAAGAAGAAGUCGCCUUCUCAGAUCAUCGAUGGGUUGAAUAAUGAUCUUUUAACAAACCUUAGUGAUAACUCCAAAGGUGUUGACAUUAUGAUUGGUGAGUACUCGUGUGUGUUAGAUGGUCAAUCUUGGGACAAGGACAACAGUAGCUCAAAGAGAGAUCAGUUUGUCAAAAACUUUGCUAAAAGACAAAUUGAACUCUUUAAUGAAAGAGCCAAUGCUGGUUCAUACUUUUGGACGUUCAAGUUUGAGGCUGGAUCGGGUGGUGAAUGGGACUUCAAGACCAUGUCGGAUAAUGGGGUUAUACAAAGUCCAAUUGGGUUUAAGGGGAAGUCUGUUCCCGAUGACAGAAAAAGAGAUGAGAUUCUCGAUCAUGAAUUCAACAAUCACAAAUCAUACUGGGACAAUUCCAACAAAAAUGAAAAAUAUGAACAUGACAGAUUUAAAGAUGGGUUCCUUACUGCGUGGUCUGACUCCAAAGCUUUUGCUGAGUUCAAUGGUUCUGUCAUUGGCAGAAGAGAGGCUUGGAAAGACGCAAGACUUGAUGAGCACAUUAAACAAAAGGGGAAGGGAAAGCACGUAUGGGAAUGGGAACAUGGUUUUGACUCUGGCUUGAAGAGUUUUAAGAAUUCAUUAUAG